AUGGCAGCAGACCACGGUACAGCCACGCGCCAAGGACGCUGGCUGAACGCCUUCACAUCAUCAUACACUGACGUCUUUAAAUCAAUCACAAUGGCUGCCCAAGGACCAGUCACCACCAUCGUCCCUUUUGGCGACCGCAACAAGCUGCCCGCCUGUGCCGUUUCCUGCAAGGCCCUCUAUGACGCCAACGCCAACUGCGUCCCCCCCGUCAUCCCUUCCGGCCCCGUCUCCAACUACGAAGCCUGCUUCUGCAUCAACCAAAACGUUGUUGCCCUCUCCACCGCCACUGAUGCUGUCUGCAACGAUGUCUGCUCCGGCGAGCAGGGCGGCCAAAGCUCAGUCGCCAGCUGGUUCGGCAGCCUCUGCCACGUUACUGCUACAGGUGGCACUACCAAGACGACGACGAGUGCCAAGGGCGGAGCCACGGGGACUUCCAACACUAGCAGCAGCAGCAAGAAGAGCGGCGACUGGAUCUCCAACCACUGGCAAUGGGUUAUCAUGCUUGUCGUCCUGAUUGUCGUCAUUGCUGGCGUCUGGAUCGGCGCCUGCAUCUGGCGCCGCCGCUACCUCCGCCGCAAGGACCGUCAAACCUCGCUCGGCCAGAAGCAGUCCGGCUCUGCCUCCCGGCCCUCUUGGGGCCCGGCCGCCGUGCCCAGCUCCGACUCGGCCGCGCCAAUGACCUACUCGAACAAUUCCGAGGCUGGCUAUCCCAAGUUUGAGUCGACUGAGAAGCCCAAGCAAAAGAAGAAGUGGACUGUCACCUCGAGAACGUGA